GCUACAGAGUCCUUCGACGAUUUCCUUACUGACCUUCAGAACAGAAGUAUGACAUGCAACUUCAGUGACAAGAGAGAGGAACUCGUGAGAGACGUUAUCGUUAUAGGUCUAGCUAAUACCGCUAUGAAGGAGAGGCUUCUGCGCACGGAGGAUCUGACGCUGCAGAAGACCAUCACCAUGUGCAGAGCUGCGGAAUUGUCUCAAAAGCAAGUUACGGAACUAACGAAUGAGAUAGCUGCCACCUCCGUGCUCAACGUCAGCACUGCGCCAGUACAUAACGUCAACAAUGUCAAUACUUCAAAAACAAGAAGCGUCAAGACAAGAAAAUGCUAUCGCUGCGGCAAUAACUGGGAUCGCACGCAUCAAUGCCCAGCUAUAGGUUGCAAGUGCCAGAAGUGUGGUAUUCCUAAUCAUUUUGCGAAGGUUUGCAGAAACAAACAGGUUGCAGCCAUAACAGAGAAGCAGGUUGAAGACGACAGCGAGGAGUCCUUCUUCGUUGGCUGUAUCAACAGUGAGUGUGAAUGCGAAUGAAAAUGCAAUUCCCAGAGCCGAUCCACCUCGUCGGGUCCCUAUAGCACUAAGACAGAGCCUUAAGGACGAGUUGGACAAUAUGGUGAGACAGCAA